AUGGCUCACCGGCCCCCCAGCCCUGCCCUGGCAUCCGUGCUGCUGGCCUUGCUGCUGAGCGGUGCUGCCCGAGCUGCGGAGAUCGUGGGCGGGCACGAGGCGCAGCCACACUCCCGGCCCUACAUGGCCUCCCUGCAGAUGCGGGGGAACCCGGGCAGCCACUUCUGCGGAGGCACCUUGAUCCACCCCAGCUUCGUGCUGACGGCCGCGCAUUGCCUGCAGGACAGACCCCAGCGCCUGGUGAACGUGGUGCUCGGAGCCCACAACGUGCAGACGCAGGAGCCCACCCAGCAGCACUUCUCGGUGGCUCAGGUGUUUCUGAACAACUACGACCGGGAGAACAAACUGAACGACGUUCUCCUCAUCCAGCUGAGCAGCCCAGCCAACCUCAGUGCGUCCGUCGCCACAGUCCAGCUGCCACAGCAGGACCAGCCAGUGCCCCACGGCACCCAGUGCCUGGCCAUGGGCUGGGGCCGCGUGGGCACCCACGACCCCCCAGCCCAGGUCCUGCAGGAGCUCAAUGUCACCGUGGUCACCUUCUUCUGCCGGCCACAUAACGUUUGCACUUUGGUCCCUCGCCGCAGGGCCGGCAUCUGCUUCGGAGACUCAGGUGGCCCCCUGAUCUGUGAUGGCAUCAUCCAAGGAAUAGACUCCUUCGUGAUCUGGGGAUGUGCCACCCGCCUUUUCCCCGACUUCUUCGCGCGGGUAGCCCUCUACGUGGACUGGAUCCAUUCCACGCUGCGCCGUGUGGAGGCCGAGGGCCGCCUCUGAACCGCCCCUCCCACAGCGCUGGCUGGGACCCCGAGCCUGGCUCCAAACCCUCAAGGCGGAUCUUUGGACAGAAGCAGCUCUUCCCCGAACACUGUGGCAUCCGGGACGGCCCCUCCCGUCCCCCCACACUCCCUCCCACGGGGCUCCGGGAGACAGGCCGGCCCUGCACCUCACCCCACCGUGACCUCAAUAAACGUUGAAACUCC